AUGUGUACAGACUAUCGCAAAGUGAAUGCCGUCACUAAAGCGGACAACUUUCCCAUUCCAAGGAUUGACGACUGUAUCGAUGCCGUGGGACAGUCCAACGUUGUCUCCAAGUUUGACCUAUUGAAAGGAUUUUGGCAAGACUACCUGCAAAAGUUUGGAUACCUAGAUUCUCUGAAUCCCGGCGCCUUGCGAACAGAGGAAUCCUACAUCAAAGGCUUGAGGAUGUUUCAAAAGUUUGCAGGACUUAAGAUCACAGGUAGAUUAGAUGCGGAGACAAAAGCUACGAUGCUGUUGCCAAGAUGCGGAGUUGCUGAUCAGGCUGGAAAUGCCUUGCGUGUCAGACGGAGACGAAGGUUCGCCACGCAAGGCAGCAAAUGGCCGAAGACUUCUCUAACGUACAAGAUAAGGCAAUAUACCCAGAAACUGGCGAGGAAUCAAGUGGAAGAUGCUAUAAAAAAAGCCUUUAAGGUAUGGAGUGAUGUCACCCAACUUGAAUUCCGAAAAGCGUCCGGCACUGUAGACAUUGACCUUGACUUCGCUCGCGCUUCCCAUGGUGACGGCUAUCCUUUUGACGGAAGUGGAAGUACACUUGCGCACGCAUUCUUCCCUCAGUAUGGAGGCGACGCUCAUUUUGAUGAAGAUGAACGCUGGACACUCGGCACAAAGCAAGGCAUAAACCUCGUCCAAGUCGCAGCUCAUGAGUUUGGUCACUCUCUCGGUCUGGAUCACUCCGAAGUCAGUAGCGCCGUAAUGACACCCUUCUACCGAGGAUACCUGGAAAACUUCAAACUGGACACAGAUGACAUAUUAGCCAUUCAAAGCCUGUACGAUAUCAAACGUCUUUCACUCUGUGAGUAUUCCAAAAUUGACGCGAUCACUAGGAUCAAGGACGGACGAACCUUCGUCUUUGCUGGAAAAAACUAUUACCCUGUGAAUAAUGCGGGCAACGAAGCAGGCAACCCCCGACGAAUCAGCACGGAUUGGGGCGGAGUGGAGGGACCAAUCGACGCAGCCCUUACAGUCACACACGGAAACACAUAUUUAUUCAAGGGCUUGCAGUACUGGAAAUUCGAAAACCUGCAGAAGUUGGAUGGAUACCCCCGCCACAUCGCCGAUGGAUUCCCGGGAAUCCCCAGCAACCUUGACGCAGCCUUUACUUGGAGCGGUAAUGGACUAGCUUACUUUGUCAAAGGGACCCAGUACUACCGGUAUUCGUUAAACGCAACCAUCGCAGCUAGAUACCCGCAACCUUUACAGAACUGGCGUGGUUUGCCUUCUACCAUUGACGCAGCAUUUGAGUGGCAAAACGGCCGUACAUACUUCUUCCACGGACAGAAUUAUUACAGAUUCAACGACAUACUGUCAAAGCACGAAAGGGAUAACCCGUAUGAGCAUAAUGGCUCGGCCGGGGCGGCUUACUUGUCUCCGGUUGACUCUGGAUACCCUUUGAGCACCACCAAAGAGUGGUUUGGCUGUCCUUCCCGGCGUUGA